AUGCGUUUCUCCCUCUCCAUAAUUGCGGCCUUCGCGGCUAACUCCAUCAUCGUCUCAGCCCUCCCUACUCCUGGCGCUUUCUUCAGUGCCUUCGCUCGGGCAGUUGCAGUUGAUGCAACAAUCAGAAACCCGAACAGCCCCACCAACUCGACCAACUCGACCAACUCGACCAACUCGACCAACUCGACCAACUCGACCAACUCGACCAACUCCACGGACACAACUUGUCCCUCCGAUCUUCGCACAGCGCUUCUUCCGCUAGCCAAUCUACCUCUGUCCAGAUCGAUCUGUUCGAGCCUGGAAAACGGGUCUUAUAAUGCCAACUCGUAUCCUCCUCCCCAUUUCCUUCCAGGAAAGCCACUUUCCGAGAUGAGAUUACCACUGACUAGUUCUGUCUUGUUACAGCACCGAGACAGCCCUCAAUCCUCUUGUAGCCUCAAAUGUCAACCUCUUCUGCUCCUGCAUUAGCCCAGUCAAUGGAACAAACUCGACCAACGGAACAAACUCGACCAGCGGGACGAACUCGACCAGCGGAACAAACUCGACCAGCGCCGGCGGCUACGGACAUGGGAAAAACGGCGCCAGCGGAUCGGGAAAGUCCAGAGCCUCUCGUGACCUCAACGAUACACCUCAGGAGAGCCACAGACUCCUUCCAAGGCUCUGGGAAACGUACAGAGAAUGGAAAGCCGAAGAAGCAGCUGGCCCCGUGAAGAAGCGAGAGGCGGAUCCGGAGCCUGUAGAGAAGAAACGAGAUCUUCUGAGAGUUCCGAUGGGUGGAGCUCUGAUGAGGGCAAGGAAGACGAAGAGGGAGUUGGUGGUCAUGUUGAGAGAUGUUGAGGCUGAUGCUGAGGCGUAA